AGUACAACGCGCCCCCUCCGGGCCAACAGCAGCAAUAUGGUCAGCCGCCGCAGCAGCAGCAACAGUACGGGCAGCAGCCAAUGGGCGGUGCACCGCAAGAUUCGCAACAGUACAUACAGCAGCUAGAACAAGCGAUCCGCGAGCAGGGUCUUGAGAGGUUCUACGGUCCAGGCACACCUGGUGCACAAAAGAUACCAGCAAUUGCUGCACGCGCUGGACAGCAGGUCGACCGUCUCUGCCAGGCUUGGCGCAUCCAGAGAGAGAUCGCCGUGGAUAUCGUUCGCUUGGCGCUCUACGAUGUGGUACUGUACAUCGACGAUAGCGGCUCCAUGUCGUUUGAGGAGAACGGUGAACGUAUCAAAGAUCUCGAGCUUAUCAUGCAACGCGUGGCAUUUGCUGCGACGUUGUUCGAUGAUGACGGCAUUGAAGUCCGCUUCAUGAACGACGACUCAAUCCCAGUGAAUGCGCUCUCCGGCAUUCGUUCUGAGCAGCAAGUUCAGCAGCUUCUUGCCAACAAGCGCUAUAAGGGCCUGACGCCAUUCGGCACCGAGCUGCGCAAGAAGAUUAUCGAUCAAUUGCUUAUUCCCAGGCUGCGUGGACAGAUGCAGAAACCUCUACUCAUCAUCGCCAUCACAGACGGACAACCUGCCGGCGAGAACCAGAACGAGCUUACCGAGACGGUGCGCUAUGCUAUCGACCAAGUACGCCGCUCUCCCUACGGUUCCGGUGCAGUGGCGUUCCAGUUCGCACAAGUCGGCAAUGAUCAAAAGGCUACGGAGUUCCUCGCUAAGCUUGACAAUGACCCGAUGGUAGGAAAGGACGUUGACUGCACGUCGAACUACGAGAACGAGUCCGCCGAGAUGGCAAGGGCCCAGCCACCCGUUGACCUUACGCCUGAUCUCUGGAUGAUGAAGCUUAUACUUGGCGCCAUCGACCACAGCUACGACAGCAAGGAUGAGAAGGCGGGCAUGGCGCCCGGUCUAGGCAUGCCACCACGUCCUCCUCAGCAGCAAGGCGGUUACCCCCCGGGUCCACCGGGACAAGGCUACGGCCAGCAAGGCUAUGGUCAGCAGCCUCCAAGGUAUUAGGACUACUAUGAUGAUGCUAAGAGGUUCUGGAUGUGAUUGACGGCAUCGUGGCAUUUCCAUUCGAACAAGAGACCGAGCGCCAGCGCUACGCCUGUUAGUGCGCUGAGCUUUAUCCUCCAGUUCAAGGCAAAGCGUUGUACCCUAGCUUGCCAGACAGCUCCCAUAAAACGAAAAGUUGCCCACCCUCCAUCACGGCUUAGGCACGGUGUCAUGUCGGUGCGCUCAUGGUUUUGCGUUGUUCAAAAUCCAGAUGGAAGACUGCAUCAACUGUAUCGAGUCUUUUCCACAGCGAAUCA